CCGGCUGAGCUGCGAUUUAUCAACAAAUAGUAAAUGAUACUUAGGUUGAAUCAUAAAUUAAGAAACAUAAGUUGCUUCUUCAGUCCAUCGGAGGGGUUUGUAUAUUCAAUCACUUGUUCUUGCUCCGGUGCAGUACUUCUUUGCGAGUCUGAGCUGUUGCUCUACUCUUGGUUCUGCAAUUCGAUUUCCCGGUCUCUGAGAACUUCGAUCAAGGUGAUGUGAUUCAUAGAGUAACCCUAGCUUUCAAGGUAAUCCCAUUUGAUUCAGUGAAGGGAAAAGAGGGGAAACAAUGGCCACUGUUAAUGUGAUCAAGUCUUGCUUGGAUUCGGUCAGACAAAUAUCAGAGAACAUUAAAGAUGCAAUUGUAUAUUUGGAUGCUGGAAGUACAGAGAGUUUCCAGUUUCUUGGGGCCUUCCCUUUGUUUCUAGAGCUUGGGGCCCGAGCUGUUUGUAGCUUGGAGAACAUGUCGGCCCUUGAUAAGGUUGUUGACUGGAAUACCAAUUCUGAUCCUGCGACGAAGAUUGUGGUCAUUACAGCACGCCUUUUGAGUGACGCUCAUCGAUAUAUUUUACGUUGCCUGAGCACGCUUCAAAAUGUUCACCUUUGUGCUAUAUAUACGUCCAUUUCAGAGGUGGCUCACUCAGCGUAUCCUGAUUCUCCUUUGGGCCCAGAUGCUUUUCAUGAGUAUGAGUGUUUGCUCAAUCAAGAUUAUGAAGAGCUUGUUAAGAAACGUGAGACAGAUGUGUCUGGCAACAACGGGCUCAAGGAAAGUACUGCCUCGGAAGAUGAAGGAUGGGCAGACCUAACAUCCAUUGAAGAUGAUAUUUCCAGAUUCAAUGACAUCCCAAGUGCAAAAGUUCCACAGGAAGAUUACUCGAUCAGCAGCUCUGAAGAUGCAGGACAAAAAUUGAUGGUUUCAGUGCACCACUUCCCUUUGAUUUUAUGCCCUUUUUCACCCAGGGUCUUCGUCUUACCUUCAGAAGGAUCUGUUGCUGAAGCAAGCUUAUCUGUUGAGCAUGAGAAUUCUAUAAGCUCUGGUUUGCCUCCAUUAAGUACUGGGAAGAUUGCUGACACUGAGGACUUCAGUCCUGGGGCAACUCUUACAGCUCAGUUUCUCUAUCAUUUGGCCUUAAAGAUGGAUCUGAAACUUGAAAUAUUUUCUCUGGGUGAUUUGUCGAAAAAUGUAGGAAAGCUUUUGACAGAUAUGUCCAGUCUUUAUGAUGUUGGUCGGCGUAAAAGAUCUGCAGGGUUACUUCUGAUUGACCGUACACUUGAUCUGCUUACUCCAUGCUGUCAUGGGGACUCACUUGUGGAUCGGAUGUUUUCAUCUUUGCCUCGUAGGAAACGCAUAACAUCCUUAAGCCAGAUGAAAGGCUCCCAGAGCCAACAAGAAAAGCUCCAUGUUAAACUUGGACGUGCUUCUCUCUCUGUACAGAUUCCACUUGAAAAGUUCAUCACUGGAGAAAAUUCAAAAAGUAAUUUUCAGCUUUUGGAAAGUAUAGAAGCAUUCUUGCAUGGGUGGAGUACUCUCAAUUCAGAUGCUCAAAAUGAUGAGUUGAUGAAAUUCAGUAAGAAACUGAAUGAUGAAGGUUGCUUUCAACAUAAUGUGGGUGAACUUCUGCAUGGGUCCUUUGUUUCUACAGAUAAUUUCCUUGGAGCACCUUACCUGGAAGCACUACUUGACCGAAGGACAAAAGAUGGGGUAAUACUUAUCAAGAAAUGGCUUCAAGAAAGUUUACGUCGAGAGAAUAUAUCUCCUGAAGUAAGAAUUCGUCCUGGUUUUGCUUCUAAGUCGGAGUUACAGUCUUUGGUUAAGGCACUGGCGAAGAGGCAGUCCUCUUUAGUCAGAAACAAAGGAAUAAUUCAGUUGGCAGCAGCCACAUUACAUGCUUUAGACGAUUUAUAUUCUGCUAGUUGGGAUGCAUUUACUAGUGCUGAGAAAAUUCUACAUGUAAAUGCUGCAGACACGAGCCAAAGCCUUGCUGCUCAAAUUAGUGACCUCAUAAACAAGACUGCUUUAGUGGCUUCACAAGUGCAAAAGCACAAUAAUGAGAAAACACCGGGGCUAUUCACUCUUCAAGAUGCUCUGCUCCUAACAAUUAUUGGGUAUGUAUUGGCUGGUGAAAAUUUCCCAACAUCUGGUUCUGCUGGACCAUUUUCAUGGCAAGAGGAGCAUUUCAUGAAAGAGGCUAUUGUGGAUGCAAUUCUUGAGAAUCCAGCUGUCUCGAAACUAAAGUUUCUCCAAGGUUUUUCUGAAGAGCUUGAGAGCAACUUAAAGAAAACAAAAUCUGACGAAAAAAAGGAAAAUCCUUCUGACUGUGUGGAUUUUGAUGAUGAUCAAUGGGGUAAUUGGGGUGAUGAAGAUGCUGAUAAAGAUACGAGUAAAGAGGAAGUCUAUGGUGACAUGCAGCUAAAGCUUGAGCUACGAGACAGGGUGGACAAUCUUUUCAAGUUCCUUCAUAAACUAUCCAGCACUAAAAGAAAUGCAGCGCUGAGAGAGGGGAUGUUGGCCUUGGAAAGUAGAUCUGAUGAUGAUCCUUAUUCCAGUAAAGGGUUGCUCUAUAAACUUCUAACAAGUAUUUUAGACAAGCAUGACAUACCUGGGCUGGAGUAUCAUUCCUCUACUGUAGGACGCCUUUUCAAAAGUGGGUUUGGAAGAUUUGGCCUUGGACAGACUAAACCUAGUCUUACGGAGCAGAAUGUUAUCCUUAUUUUCGUAAUCGGGGGCAUCGCUGGAGUGGAGGUGCGGGAAGUGCAAGAAGCAUUAAGUGGAAGCAGUAGGCCUGACGUUGAAGUAAUACUUGGUGGAACAACUUUUCUUACCCCAGACGACAUGCGCGACUUGCUUCUAGGUGACUAUUGUCAUAUGUAAAGAAACCUGUAUAUCAAUUUUACUUAGCAGUGUUGGGAGUUGGUAGGAGAUAUAUGGGAAUUGCAGUCU